AUAGCCACUAUUUUCAUGGCCUUUGCUCAAAACAUCACCACAGACAAAGCAGCUCUUCUUGCUCUCAAAGCCCACAUCACAAACGACCCCUUUGGCCUUAUCACAAACAACUGGUCUGAUACUACAUCAGUUUGCAACUGGGUUGGCAUAAUUUGUAGUGUAAAGCAUAAACGAGUAACAAGCUUAAACUUUUCUUUCAUGGGUCUCACAGGAACCUUUCCUCCUGAAGUGGGCACUCUUUCUUUUCUCACUUAUGUUACUAUCAAGAACAACAGCUUUCAUGAUCCUUUACCUAUUGAGCUCACCAAUUUGCCUAGGUUGAAAAUGAUGAGUCUUGGAAACAAUAACUUCAGUGGAGAGAUUCCUUCGUGGAUAGGGCGAUUGCCACGAAUGGAGGAGCUGUAUCUCUAUGGCAAUCAAUUCUCUGGCCUUAUUCCUACCUCCCUUUUCAACUUAACUUCACUUAUAAUGCUUAAUCUUCAAGAAAACCAGCUUUCAGGGAGCAUUCCAAGAGAAGUUGGAAAUCUGACGUUGAUUCAAGAUUUGUAUCUUAAUAACAAUCAGCUCACAGAAAUCCCAACGGAGAUUGGAACUCUUCAAAGGCUGAGGACAUUAGACAUUGAAUUUAAUUUAUUUUCAGGGUCAAUUCCUCCGUUCAUUUUCAACCUUUCUUCUCUAGUAAUAUUAGGUCUAUCAGGAAAUAACUUCACCGGUGGGCUUCCUGAUGACAUCUGUGAAGAUCUUCCAUCACUUGGAGGGUUGUAUUUAUCUUAUAAUCAGUUAUCUGGUCAACUUCCUUCUACGUUGUGGAGAUGUGAAAAUCUUGGGGAUGUAGCAUUGGCAUAUAAUCAAUUUACAGGAAGUAUACCUAGAAGUGUGGGGAACCUUACCAGGGUAAAACGGAUCUUCCUUGGGGUCAACUAUUUGUCAGGUGAGAUACCUUAUGAAUUGGGUUAUCUUCAAAACCUUGAAUAUUUGGCAAUGCAAGAGAACUUCUUCAAUGGCACAAUACCACCAACAAUCUUCAACCUUUCAAAACUGAAUACCAUUGCUCUAGUUAAGAAUCAACUUUCUGGAACUCUCCCAGCAAACCUCGGUGUUGGACUUCCUAAUCUUGUCCAAUUCAUAUUAGGAAGAAACAAACUCACUGGAAACAUUCCUGAAUCUAUCACCAAUUCUUCUAUGCUCACUCUAUUUGAUGUUGGAGAUAACUCGUUUUCUGGAUUGAUUCCCAACGUUUUUGGUCGAUUUGAAAACCUCCGGUGGAUAAAUUUGGAGCUCAACAACUUCACAACUGAAUCUCCCCCAUCAGAAAGGAGCAUUUUCAGUUUUUUGACCAAUUUAACAAGCUUGGUUCGAUUGGAGUUAUCACACAAUCCUCUGAAUAUCUUCCUUCCCAGUUCCUUUAUAAACUUCUCUAGUUCAUUUCAAUAUCUUUCAAUGGUAAACACUGGCAUUAAGGGUAUGAUUCCCAAAGAUAUUGGUAACUUCUUAAGAUCCUUGACAGUCCUAGUAAUGGAUGACAACCAAAUUACUGGAACCAUUCCUACUUCAAUAGGAAAACUGAAACAACUUCAAGGUUUGCAUCUUAGUAACAAUAGCUUAGAAGGAAAUAUCCCUGCAGAACUUUGUCAACUAGAGAAUUUGAAUGAGUUAUAUCUGGCUAAUAACAAGCUCUCUGGAGCAAUACCUGCAUGUUUCGAUAAUCUUUCAGCUUUAAGAACUCUGUCACUAGGCUCCAACAACUUAAAUUCUACAAUGCCAUCUUCCUUGUGGAGUCUUUCUUACAUCUUGCAUCUAAAUCUAUCGUCAAAUUCUUUACGUGGAUCUCUCCCAGUAGAGAUUGGAAAUCUUGAAGUUGUAUUAGAUAUAGAUGUCUCCAAGAAUCAACUCUCUGGUGAAAUCCCAAGUAGCAUCGGAGGACUCAUAAACUUGGUUAACCUCUCGUUAUCACAUAAUGAACUUGAAGACUCUAUUCCAGACUCAUUUGGCAACUUGGUUAACUUGGAAAUCUUGGACUUGUCCAGUAAUAACUUAACAGGAGUCAUCCCAAAGUCUUUGGAGAAACUCUCUCAUCUUGAGCAAUUUAACGUCUCCUUUAACCAAUUAGAAGGAGAAAUUCCAAGUGGAGGUCCUUUUUCCAACUUCUCAGCUCAGUCAUUCAUAUCAAAUAUUGGACUUUGUUCAGCUUCUUCUAGAUUCCAAGUCGCACCUUGCACGACAAAGACAUCUCAGGACUCAGGGAGGAAAACAAAUAAACUGGUAUAUAUUCUUCCACCUAUCUUGUUGGCCAUGUUCUCUCUGAUACUCUUACUACUUUUUAUGACAUAUCGGCGGCGGAAGAAAGAACAAGUACGAGAAGAUACCCCGUUACCUUAUCAACCUGCGUGGAGAAGAACCACAUACCAAGAACUUUCACAAGCAACAGACGGAUUCAGUGAAAGCAACUUGAUAGGUCGAGGGAGCUUUGGAUCAGUCUAUAAAGCAACACUGUCAGAUGGAACAAUUGCUGCAGUUAAGAUAUUCAAUUUGCUAACUCAAGAUGCAAACAAGAGUUUUGAAUUAGAGUGUGAGAUUUUGUGCAACAUACGGCAUAGAAACCUUGUCAAAAUCAUUACAAGCUGCAGCAGCGUGGAUUUCAAAGCAUUGAUACUAGAAUAUAUGCCAAAUGGAAAUCUUGAUAUGUGGUUGUAUCAUCAUGAUUGCGGCUUGAAUAUGCUAGAGAGAUUGAAUAUCAUGAUUGAUGUUGCUUUAGCCCUGGAUUAUCUUCACAAUGGUUAUGGGAAACCUAUAGUUCACUGUGAUCUAAAGCCUAACAAUAUACUGUUAGAUGGAGAUAUGGUUGCACACUUGACAGAUUUUGGCAUUUCAAAACUCUUGGGGGGAGGAGAUUCUAUAACAAAAACUAUAACCUUAGCAACUGUGGGAUAUAUGGCUCCAGAAUUGGGAUUGGAUGGAAUUGUUUCUAGAAAAUGUGAUGUUUAUAGCUAUGGCAUUCUGCUGAUGGAAACAUUCACAAGAAAGAAGCCAACAGAUGAAAUGUUUUCUGCAGGAGAAAUGGGCUUAAGAGAAUGGAUAGCCAAAGCAUAUCCUCACUCAAUAAACAAUGUUGUAGAUCCCAAUCUGCUAAGUGAUGAUAAAAGCUUUAACUAUGCAAGUGAAUGUCUUUCAUCCAUCAUGCUAUUGGCCUUGACUUGCACAUCAGAAUCACCAGAGAAGAGAGCAAGUAGCAAAGAUGUUCUUAACUCACUCAACAAGAUCAAGGCAACGUUUUUGACAUAUCCAGGAUGGUGAUGUUGUAAAUAUACGACCCGUUUGGAUUGAUCACUUUUUAAGUACUAGUUAUAAAAGCCUUUUGUGCAUUUAUAAAUACUUUUUAAGUACUUAAGAAGUAAAUCCAAAUCAAUAUAUAGUCUCUCGUUGACUAGAA